AUGUUCCGCACUGCGCCUCGUAUGGCCGGUUUCGUGUUCCGCGAGAACCGUGUCCCCUUCUACCAGCGUCUGUUCCAGAACCACGACGGCAAGCGUCAGUGGUGGAAGACCUCCCGUAGCGGUUACAUCAUGUACCCCUACCUCAUCUCCGUCUACGGCCUCGGUGCUGCUACCACCUACGCCAUGGGCCGCAUGGUCUUCGGCCACAAGACUUGGUUCGGCGAGAAAUAA